AUGACAACAUCUCAACCAUCGGAUCUUUCACCAGAAGCUAAAGAAUUUAUUCCAUUAAUACAAAUUCCUCCUUCAACAGGUAUUCCAUUAUAUAUUGAUGAUAAAUCUAUUGCAACAGUUUAUUCAUCCGAUCAACAACAACAACAACAACAGCAGACAUUAUUUUAUCCAUUAAUGAAAUUUCCUGAAGUUGAAUUUCAUGUACAAACACCACAACAAUUUCAUAUUGAUUCAAAUAAUCAAUCUCAUCGAUCAACAAAUGGAAAUAAUUCUCAAAUUGUACUAGUACCAACAAAUGGAUGUUAUCCAAAUCCACAAAUAUUUUAUUCAACAAAUAAUCAAUCAUCAACAUUUUAUCCAAUUGGUUGUACAGAACCACUACCACCAUCAUCAAUGAAUUAUUCACAUCAACAACCAAAAAUGAAUUCAAUCUCAUCAUUUCAUCAUCAACAACAACGUGGUGUUAAUCAUUCAUCAUCAUAUCGUUCUGAUAAUCAGAGAAAUUCCUAUUAUGAUCAACAAGAAUCAAGUGCAUUUAAUAAUCGUCGAAAUUUUAAUUCAAUAAAUAGUAAACGAAGAACAAGAGGUGGUAAUCCACGUUCAAUACAGCAACAUGAUGAACAAAAACAAGUUAAUUUAAAUUAUCCAAAUAAUGAAAAUAAUCAUCAUCAUAUUCAUGAAAUGCCAUUUAAACUACGACAAGAAGAUUUUCCAAGUCUUCCAAUUACUAAUCAACAAUCUGAAAUAACUCCAUUACAAUCAAUAAAUACACAAUCAACACUUUCCUGGAAUAAAGUUGUUUCUGCCUCACGUCCUCAAUCCACAUCUCCACAUUCAUCUCAUGAUCCAUCACAAUCUGAUAAAAAUCCUUCGGCAAAUAAGAAGAAUGGACCGAAUACUAAGAAAUCUUCUACGCAAGCAAAAACUAAACCAUUAAAUAAUAAUAAUAAUAAUUCUAAAAUAAUUGCUCAAUCAUUAAAUAAUAAUAAUAAUAAUAAUGUGAAGACAAAUGAACUGCAAACGAAAAAAAAUGAUAAACCUAUUCAAACAAAACAACAGAAGAAAAAUUUAAAACAAAAAAAAAAUGAAAAAAUUGAAGAACCAACAAUAGAACCAGUAUCAAUUUCGGAAACAAUUCCAUUUUCUCUUAAUGAUGACAAUGCAUUUCCAGUAUUAGGACAAGAUAUAUCCAUUCCAAUAAUAAAAAAAUCUGAAAAUAAUUCUUCAAUAAAAGAUAAUACUUCCACUCCAGGGUUAAUAACUAAAUCAAAAAUAAAAGCUAAUCAUAGUUAUCAAAUAUGUUUACAAGAUAUGUUUAAUGCUUUAAAUACAUCUACACAAACAAAACAACAAAAUUCUCAUAAUAAAUCAUCUAAUAUACCAAUGAAUAUUGCUAAUCCACUUGAUUCAAAUCCAGCACCAAAACGUGGAAAAGAACGCGAACAACCUAAACCACGUAAACCAACUAAACUUAAACGUAUUAUUAAUAAAGAAUUAGAUGAAAAUCAAAAACAACGACAACAAUUGCUUAUUAAAGCUACAACAAUCAAACAAAAUGAUGAAAAUGAUAAUGCUAAUGUUGCUGAUACAGAUGACCAGUUGCCUAUUAAUAUGACUGAAGAUACAAGUGCAUCAUGUACAGAAGAAUCUAAUAAUGGAAGUGAUGAUAAUGAUGACGAGGACGAUGAUGAUGAUGAUGAUGAUGAUGAUGAUGAAAUAAUUGAUCAUGAACCUACAAGUCAAUUACAAACACCCUAUGCUCAUCAAAUUCCUCAAUCAAAUAUAAAACAACAAAUUCAUGAUGCUGGUUUUCGUGAAUAUUGUUCACAAUUAAUUGAUCGUCAAUUGGAUGAAUUAUGUAUACAGUUAUUAUUAACAUUAAAACGUUUUCAAGAUCGUAAAAAACAACAAUUUCAAUCAAAUCCUGAACGUGCACGUCGUAAACGUCGUUUCGUUCAUGGUAUACGUGAAGUAACUAAACAUUUACGAUUACAACGUUUAAAAUGUGUUUUAAUUGCACCUGAUUGUCAAUCCAUUCAAAGUCAAGGUGGUCUUAAUGAUGCUAUUGAACAAAUAAUUAAUCUAUGUAAAGAACAAAAUAUUCCUUAUAUAUUUACUCUUAAUCGUCAAAAAUUAGGUCGAUGUUUAAAUAAAAUAUCUCGUAUAUCAACUAUAGGAAUAUUUGAUUAUAGUGGUGCUGAUACAAUUUAUAGACAAAUUAUUGAAAUAACAAAUGAAAAUCAACGUGCAUAUAAACAAAUUAUUGAUAAUUUAAUAAAUCAUGAUGAUAUAGCAGCAACAACAACACCAUCACAUGGUUUAAAUAGUCGAGAAUUUUAUAAAAUUCUUCAUCGAACAUUUCAACAACAGAAUCAACAACAACGUCAUCAUAUUGUUAAUACAAUUCCAACUGAAUCAUUAUCAAAAGUUUUACCUAAAGUUCCAGCACAUUAUGCACAUUCAAGACAAACAUCUGAUACAUCAACUAUUUAUAUUGAUCAACAAUUAAUUAAUUCAAUUAAAAAACAACAUACACGUGCAUCAAGUGGAACAUAUGAUAUGGGUAAAAAUUCUACAACAGCAACAACAAAUAAAAAACAUCAACGAACUUUAUCAGAUGGUGCUGCAACUAUUGAUGAUACAUCUAUAACAACAACAACAAAACAUCAUUCAAAAACACAUUCACGUACACCAUCAGGUUGUAGUGCAAUAAGUCAAAUAGAACAACAAGAUUAUUUUGAACAAUCAAAAAAUAUUUUAAUUAAUAAUAAUAAUAAUAAUAAUAAUAAUGAUGAAAUAUUUACAGAUAAUGAUGAAACUCGUCUAAAAUCAAUUAAUGAAGAUACAGAAGAAAAUUCAGCAAAUAUUAAAAGAAAAAAUGUCGAAAAAUGGAUUAAUGAUAAUUGA